AUGGGCGUACCUGCAGCAACAGCAGCAAGUCUUGCUGCUGCUGCUGCUGCACAAGGAUUAGAGGCGAGACAUCAGCUACAAGAUAAUAAAGAAGAAGAGGAGGAGGAGGAAGAAGAAGAAGAAGAAGAAAAAGAAGAAGAAGAAAAAGAAAAAAAACAAAAAGUUUCUCUUUCUUUCAUGGAUUGGUUUUUAGCGUUUGGUCAAUUCUCUAAGAAAGGUAUGAAGAAAUUAUGCUGGAAGGCUACUUGGAGUUUUGCUCUUUUGUCUCGAGGGUUUGGCUUCCCCUUAGAUUCUCAUCAAAUAACAUUUGCUGAUCCUCCUCCUCCGUCUGCUGCUGCUGCUGCUCAUGCUGCUGCUGCUGCUGCUGCUGCUCCUGAUGCUGCUGGUACUCAAGUCCCUUAUCAUCAGCUGCCUGCAGAGGCCGGCUGGCCUUUAGGCUCGAUGAUUGUUGACGUCAAUCGAUACCCAUGGGGAGUGCCAGAGCGGGAGGAUGGCUAUUCUUUGUUACUGGCGAUCUUAGCGUUUGGGUCUACGGCCUUAGCUGCCUUUCUUUGUUAUCGUGGCUCGAAGAACGAGUCUUCUAACAUUUACCUUCUGUGA